AUGGCUGAAUGGAAAAGAGGUGGACUUGACCCCGUACUCGUCAAAACCUUGUGCGCCACGAGCCUUGGUGGAGGGAACUGCAGAGCUGGAGAUCGUGAACGGAUUGCAUCUUGGUUCCGCGAUGCACAGGCAGUAGUUUUGUCGGUUCUUGGAACCCUGUCACUUUCACGACUUCAGGCACUUGUUCUCAUCAUCCACUAUCACUACGAGAAUGGUGACACGGUUGAGGCGUGGAAUCUUCUCGCGGUAGCGGCUAGGCUGGCAUUUACACUGAAACUGAACCACGAGCGUAGCACACUCAAUCCGAUCGCCCAAGAGUCUGGAAGAAGAUUGAUGUGGCACGUUUACCUUUUCGAUCGCAUUUUCUCUGGUGGCCUGGAAGACCUAGAAGUCUGUCCAGUCAGUAGAAUGCUUCAUCUCCGCCUUCCUUCUGAGGAUCGAAGUUUCGAGCGCGGUAUGCCGUCUCGAGCGCAAUAUCUGUUUCACAAGGAGUCGGAAAACUCAGAUCACUCCGACAUGGAUCUAUAUUCAUAUAUUCUUCGGGUUUAUGCAACUCGUGAUCGAAUAUUGAGAUAUACCAAGAGGAUCUGUCGAGAAGGAGCGUGUCCCUCGCAAAGCAAGAGUGAGCUCUCUGCACUGGAGAAAGAGCUGACAACUUUUGGGGAGUCACUCCCCGCAGACAUUCGGCUCAACCCGAGCAGGAUAUCCCUUAUGGCCCAAUCUCGAGAUGCUUCGGGCUACAUUCGCCUUCAAACAGUCUGGCUACAGUGCUACAUUGAUCUAUACAGAUUUCUGGUUCCAGGAAUCCGCGAGUCCGUUUCACAAGACAUUAUAAGUAACACGCCCGGCGAAUAUGUGUCAUAUUGCCAGCAUAAUGUCCUUACUCGAAUUGUCCAGCUUUUCGAUCUAUGGUCAGAGUUCUUCAAGCAUCGCGAGAAUGAACCAGAAAAAGACAUAUAUUUUGUAGUGUCAUUGUACCAGGCUUCUCAAAUUAUUGACAACCUUCAGCAUCUCCUUCAGCCAAAUAAUCCUUUUGGGGACAUCAAGGAAAUCAGGGGGAAGCUUGAGGCGGCGCUAGCCGUGGUAUAUCCAGAGCUGCGAGGAAGGUUUCCUAGAAUGAAAGAGUGCCUUCGCGAAAUUAGGAGGGUCAUCAAUAUAUUGGGGCUAGCACAUCCGACGAACCCUUCUCUUCAUGGGCAAAAGGAGUCUCAGAAGGACAAGUACCACAUGAUCUCAAAGGGAUCUGUAAUACCGCGGGAGUCUGAAUCAGAUGAAGGGAGCGACCCUCCCCAUCAAGAUUCUGGGUUGGUCAAUGAACAAGAAUUAUCAAUGCAACCAUGGGGUAGUGAUGGCAUCAUAAGGGAAAGCCACGCACUGAUGUUGAGAGAGGACGCCCCGAUCACUGGAUCGCAACACGAUGAGGAUUUCAUGGAUGAAACUACAGCCAAUAUGGGAUCUUCAUUCAAUGAAUUUGAGUUGGAACGUGGGACAUUGUAUCCCGGCCUGGUGCCCUGGGAUCCGUUUGUAGGACACUUCGCAGACAACUAUGGGCCGGAAUUCGACAUACUUGGGCUGCAAACACGGAUGUAG